UAGGAAUUAUGUCCUUGUUUUAUACGUGCUUGAAUUAUAUGAUUGAGAAUAAGAAAAUACCUAAAUCUAUGUCUUAAGAUUGGCAUAUUAAAACCAUAUGUGGAACUUAAAACAUGGGUUUCCUUUUCAUUGGGAAGGUUGGUUUUAACUUAAGCUUUGGAGUUUCUUAACAUACCUAUAUGUUGAAAAUUCCCUGGAACAUAGAAAUCUUUGUCAGGAAACAAUGCAUGUAAUCCGAGCUGACAAAAUUGGAAGCCUGAAAAUCUUCCCAUUAGCAUUCCGGCUUUACUAAGUAUAUAUUCCAAUAAAACUGAGUACUAAACAUAAUAUCAUAUGGUGAAUCAAGUUACAAUAAUAACAAAACUGUUGAGAUCUUGACAAAAAGAUGAGACAUUACAUGUCAUUGGUGAGAGCUUUCCGUGCUUGGUCACUGACAUUUCCUCUAUUUCUACUCAACUCUAAGAGCGGAUUGGAUCGAUUCAUACUCUGAAAAUCUUGGAAGAUUCACUUCUUCAUACAUCAAGAGGGAAUAAGAAGGAUCAAUGGAUAAUGAUUUGUAAUUAACAAUUGAUUAUAUUAAGCUUUCUUGGACAUUGGGAAGUUAAAAGUUCUCUUGACCUCUUGUGUGAAGAUGGGGCAUAGGAAUGGAUUUACCCCACCUCAUGUGUUUGAGGUAGGUAACGCUCAGAACUGGAACAAUGUACAUCAAGAGAGAACUUACAUGCAUCCGGGCACUGAAAAUGUUUCUGGUGUGUACCCAGCAGAGAAUAUGCCUGUCAAUGGUAUCAAUUACGGAGCUUACAAUCCAGUUCCAAGAUCAAAUGGAUUUGCUUCUUCCAAUCAGAUGAAUGAAAUGCCACAAUAUCAGCCUGAUGCUCCUGGCAGAUCUCUGGAAUCCUACUUACCUAUACAUGCUUCCGGAAGCUCCAAUUUGGCGCCUAACAGUUAUGCACACAAUGCAUCAUCAUCAUCAACAUCUAGUCAUGGUGCACAUACCUUCUGUAGUGGUGCUGAGGGUGGUUUCAGCAAUAGGGGACCUUACAAGAGAAAAAACUCUUCUAUAUAUGAAGGGGGCAGCACAAACAGAUAUUCUAGCGCUGGAAGUUCUUCCGAUAUGUGGCAAGAAAACCCACAUUCAGAUUCUCAACACAAACGAUGGGAUGGCCCUGCUUUUGGGUCUAGCUUCAGAGGAAAUGGCAUCUCAAUUCAUGGUGAAGGUUCACUGAGGAAUGUGAGAAGGCGGUCAAUGCUUGAACCCCCUCCCUAUCAUUCUUCCCUCACAAGUAGUUAUAUUUCGGAUCAUCCUACCCCAGUGGUAGAGCAUUUUGGUCAGGAAUUUAACAAUACUCAAAUUGGUCCUGCUCCACAAGGGAGAAAUAUGUUUUCAGAUGCCAAUAUCUCGAGUCAGGAGAACAAUCACUUCACUUUAGGCGGCCCGAGUCGCCAUAGUAGUACAUCUGCAGACUCUGUGGGUUACCAUAAUGAUUUUCCCUCUAGUGGACAUCUUAUUCCUCAGAAUUUACAUAGCCAACCAAUUAGAGGGGCUAGAAGCAGCUAUGAUCAUCAAAGAUUGGCCCCAGCCUUUAGAGCUUCAUCAAGCAACUUACAUCUAGGAUAUUAUGCAGCAGGGGAUGAAGGUUUGCAGCAGCCGGUUGGAGUAAAUCAUCCUUCUAGACAACAUUCAAGGGGGUUGUCCUCAGGAUGGCGUAACAAUGAGAGAAGUGGAAGAACAAGAAUAUCUGCCGAGAGGUAUCGUCGAUCCUUCAAUAAUGGUAUGGGCCUCCAUGAACAAUUUGCACCAGAGGGUCUUAUGGUAGCAGACCGGUCAAGAAUUUAUGGUUCCAGGAAUUUGCUCGAUCAGCACAGGCAUUUGAGGCUAGACGUAGACAAUAUGAGCUAUGAGGAAUUGCUUGCUCUAGGAGAAAGUAUUGGGCAUGUUAACACAGGCUUGUCCGAUAAUAUGAUAAAUAAAAGCUUAAGUGAAACGGUUUAUUGCUCAUCAGAGCAUUGGCAAGAGGAAUUGAAGUGUGUGAUCUGCCUGGAAGAAUACGAAAACAUGGAUGAGGUUGGGACAUUGAAAGCAUGCGGUCAUGAUUUCCAUGUGAGUUGUAUCAAGAAGUGGUUAUCGUUGAAGAACAUGUGCCCUAUCUGCAAGACAACAACACUGGCUGACCAUCUGAAAGAUGAGUGAUUUGUUGUUGGUUGGUCGGUCGUUUCAUACAUUAAUCUUUUGUAUAUAUUUAUUAUUAUGUUUCAGCUUUUCGAAUGGGACUCAGGUUUGCUUAAUGGACUGUGACUGUGGAUCGUUCAAUUUGUUUUUGACUUUUGCUUUACUCAUAACAAUUAGGUAAAGCCAUCUUCAAUCAUUGUUCAUA